AAAAUAAAUUAUUGUUCAGAGAAGUAUGAUAUUGAUGUUGAACUGCUGUUUAUUUACAGCUACAACAGAUAUAACGGGAACCAGAAUCCCCCUCUCAUUUGGUGCACAACCAAUUAACAGCACUGAUCUGUGUGCGAACUCCAUGACAUACUCCAUCUCAGGUGAUGCUGGGCUCUUUCUUAAAGGCCUGCUGGUCACACGUGUCAUGCCCUCUUUCUACAUCCUCCUCCUUCUCAUUAGUUUGCCCCUAAACGCAUUGGCCCUGGUGACAUUCACCUGUAAGAUUAAAGAAAAGAAACCGACUGUGAUCUACAUGUCAAACCUGGCGUGUGUGGAUCUGCUCUUCACCCUGCUGCUUCCUCUGAAGAUCCACUAUCAUCUGAACGGAUCUGUUUGGGUGUUUGGUGAGGUGGCGUGUCGUGUGCUAAGCGCUGCUUUCUACUGCUACAUGUACUGCUCCAUACUGCUGAUGAUGUGCAUGAGUGUGGACAGACUGCUGGCUGUGGUUUUCCCCAUCGUCUCUCUGACCUGGAGGACAACGAGGAAUUCUGUUUAUGUUUGUGCACUGGUCUGGUUGCUGGCACUCGCUGGCACAGUGCCACUUCUUUCAAUAACACAAACAUUAAACAUCAAGGAUGUGGGCAUCACCUGCCACGAUGCAUUGUGUUCCAACGACCUAGAUAAGAUGUACAUGAACCUGUUUUCCAUUCUGUCCUGUCUUUACUUUUUCCUGCCGCUGGUCAUCACUUUGGCGUGUUAUUCUAGUAUUAUAUAUGCACUCAGUGUCAAAUCUGGUCGUUUAGCAACAUCAUCAUCAUCAACCUCAAAUAAACGAAGGAGAGCCGUGAUUAUGACUAUUGCCACAAUGAUAGAGUUUGUGGUUUGUUUCGCAGCAACCAAUGCAAUCCUGUUGUAUCACUGUGUUAUUUUGAUCACAAGAGGCACCAGAGGAGAGGGAAACGCAUCAUAUAUGCCUUACAUGUUAGCUGUGUGUGCAGGGAGCUCAAGUGUUUUUCUGGAUCCUCUGCUGUAUUACUAUGGGUCGUCUCAGUGCAGACAGCAGAUCAGAUCUGUGUUUUGGUGGAAGAAAACACAACUACAAAGCUACAGAACUACAAAGUUUUCAACCACUACUGAGCUUAGCCUACGUAUAGAAUAAUGUUAAGGUCUAAAGGUAUAAUUACAAUGUAAUCCUCAUUAUAAUGAAUGCUUUCUGGCUUGAUCCCUUUAAAGGUUGAAGCAGUUAAAAAACAGCAAUUGUUAUUAUAUUGUGUGUGUACCCUGUAAAACAAAGUCUAUAAAUAUAAAGCAUGUUCAGUUAUUAUGCAGAAUGUCAGAAACGUUCAAAUUGUGUAAACAUCUCACAAAAUGUAAUUGUCGUUGGCCUAC